CUUCACCUGAACAUCUGUGUCGGGCGGCAUCUCACCCUCUUACCCUCGUGAAAGCGCGAUACGGCUCAAAGCCUCCUUCUCUCGGUCCCGCUGGUCCGUUGUGCGCUGUGGUAGGUGCCUGUUGUAUUGGCGCUCGCAGCUUCCCCCUUUUCGGUACCUAGGCUCGCUCGUGUUGCCCUCGCGGAACUCCCAGGCGACGAAGUGGCUGUUGGCCUUUUGCGCCACACCUUGUCGAUCAGAUACAUCCGUUCCUGGUAAUCUCGUGUUUAGAGAUGCUGCGAUAGCGAGCAUGCUGCAUAUCCUUGUGCUGGCGGCGGCGUUCGCGCUCGCUGCGGCUCAAGGCAUCGCCGAAUGGCAGAAGCCGCUGCCACAACCUCCAGGUGCAGCUAAUUGUGGCAGAGGUCGCAAAGCGAUCCACAUCGGCAGCAGUUUUACGUUUCAAAUGAAUGGCGAUUGGCGUUAUUACUUUACCGACUACUUCCCCUCGGAUUGGCAUUGCGACCGAGGUGAAGUCACCCAACUUCACCUCAAUGUCUUCGACGACAUCACCAACCGGAUUGCUCCCAUAAACAAAGACCCCUACUCCAAAGGACCACCAAAAGCGCCCAAGAACCAGCAAUCUUCCUUGAUGAUGACGCUCCCCCUCGACACCGAAGCCUCAGGACCGCUCGUCCUGGAGCCCGAGCCGGGGUGGAAGCUCUUCCAUCACAUGGAUACGAGCAUCGAUAUUGUAUGGACACCUACGAAACAGCCGGGCCGUCGCCUCAACGUUACUUCUAUCAAUGUAUCUAAGGGCGUUUCCGUUAGUGCAAGCACGGGACCCAUCAGUCUCGCGCUGCAUACCCCGUACAUCAGGCUUCCCCACGACGUCUACGAUUUCAUGGCCAAGUUCACACAACCUGAAGCCGUCGACAUGGGCCGCGGUAUGGACUCCGUAGACAUCGUCAGCUGCAACGCCACAUCCACCUUCCCAACCCUCAAUCUCGAUUUCGAAGGGGGCGCGCAGCAGAUUCUUGUCAAACCCGCGCAGUAUGUUCUCCGAGUCAGCCAAAGUCUAGGCGGGCCGUUCAAGGGGAAAUGCGUGCUCCUCGCCAAAAGAGGAGGAGAGCUGGAGAUUGGCUAUGCGGCGCUCAGAGGACGAUCUGUGUGGUUCGACUGGGCGAACGCAAGGACGGGCUUCCAGGCGUGAAGUGGAUGCCGGUGGCGUGGGAGGGAAGGGCAGGACGAUCUGGAGGCGCUGAGAUACCCAGCAGUGUUUAUAUGUAAUUCCUGAUGUUAAUUUCGUAAUGUAAUCUCUUGCAGUG